AUGACAGCAAAUUUUGUUUUGAAGACUUUGGAGAAUUUGACCGAGGGGCAAUUCAAGAAGUUCAAAUGGUGUCUGAAGCAGCCUGACAUCCUGCAAGGCUACCAAACCAUCAAAGAGUCCGAACUUGAGAACACAAUCAGGUUAAAAACAGUGGAUCUAAUGGUAAACACCUAUAACCUUCAUGGAGCUCUGGAGGUGACUAAGAAGGUUUUACUGGAGAUACCCAGGAAGGACCUGGUGCAGAGUCUGCCAGACACCAUCUCAGGACCAGAAGGAAAUCCUUUUGCAGUUUGUCAGCAUAAAUUUAAAUCUAAGCUGAAGAAGAAGUUCCAGUGUGUGUUUGAGGGGAUUGCUAAAGCAGGAAACCCAACUCUUCUGAACCAGAUCUACACAGAGCUCUACAUCACAGAGGGAGGGACUGCAGAGGUCAAUGAUGAACAUGAGGUCAGACAGAUUGAAACAGCAUCCAGGAAACCAGACAGACCAGAAACAACCAUCAGACAAGAAGACAUCUUUAAACCCUCACCUGGAAGAGAUGAACCAAUCAGAACAGUGAUGACAAAGGGAGUGGCUGGCAUUGGGAAAACAGUCUUAACACAGAAGUUCACUCUGGACUGGGCUGAAGACAAAGCCAACCAGGACAUACAGUUCACAUUUCCAUUCACUUUCAGAGAGCUGAAUGUGCUGAAAGAGAAAAAGUACAGCUUGGUGGAACUUGUUCAUCACUUCUUUACUGAAACCAAAGCAGAAGGAAUCUACAGAUUUGAAGAGUUCCAGGUUGUGUUCAUCUUUGACGGUCUGGAUGAGUGUCGACUUCCUCUGGACUUCCACAACAAUGAGGUCCUGACUGAUGUUACAGAGUCCACCUCAGUGGAUGUGCUGCUGACAAACCUCAUCAGGGGGAACCUGCUUCCCUCUGCUUACCUCUGGAUAACCACACGACCUGCAGCAGCCAAUCAGAUCCCUCCUGAGUGUGUUGACAUGGUGACAGAGGUCAGAGGGUUCACUGACCCACAAAAGGAGGAGUACUUCAGGAAGAGGUUCAGAGAUGAGGAGCAGGCCAGCAGCAUCAUUUCCCACAUCAAGACAUCACGAAGCCUCCACAUCAUGUGCCACAUCCCAGUCUUCUGCUGGAUCACUGCUACAGUUCUGGAGGAUGAGUUGAAGACCAGAGAAGGAGGAGAGCUGCCCAAGACCCUGACUGAGAUGUACAUCCACUUCCUGGUGGUUCAGUCCAAACUGAAUAACGUCAAGUAUGAUGGAGGAGCUGAGACAGACCCACACUGGAGUCCAGAGAGCAGGAAGAUGAUUGAGUCUCUGGGAAAACUGGCUUUUGAGCAGCUGCAGAAAGGCAACCUGAUCUUCUAUGAAUCAGACCUGACAGAGUGUGGCAUCGAUAUCAGAGCAGCCUCAGUGUACUCAGGAGUGUUCACACAGAUCUUUAAAGAGGAGAGAGGGCUGUACCAGGACAAGGUGUUCUGCUUCGUCCAUCUGACCGUUCAGGAGUUUCUGGCUGCUCUUCAUGUCCAUCUGACCUUCAUCAACUCUGGUGUCAAUCUGCUGGCAGAAGAACAAACAACCUCCUGGUGGUGGCUUUUAUUUAGAGACACACAUCUCUACCAGAGUGCUGUGGACAAGGCCUUACAGAGUCCAAAUGGACACUUGGACUUGUUUAUUCGCUUCUUACUGGGACUUUCACUGCAGACCAAUCAGACUCUCCUACAAGGCCUGCUGAGACAGAAAGAAAGUAGCUCACAGACCAUUCAGAACACAGUUAAGUACAUCAAGAAGAAGUUGGAGGGAAAUCUGUCUCCAGAGAGAAGCAUCAAUCUGUUCCACUGUUUAAAUGAACUGAAUGAUCGUUCUCUAGUGGAGGAGAUCCAACAGUCCCUGAGUUCAGGAAGUCUCUCCACAGAUAAACUCUCUCCUGCUCAGUGGUCAGCUCUGGUCUUCAUCUUACUGUCAUCAGAAAAAGAUCUGGAUGUGUUUGACCUGAAGAAAUACUCUGCUUCAGAGGAGGCUCUUCUGAGGCUGCUGCCAGUGGUCAAAGCCUCCAACAAAGCUCUACUGAGUGGCUGUAACCUUUCAAAGAGAAGCUGUGAAGCUCUGUCCUCAGUUCUCAGCUCUCGGUCCUCUAGUCUGAGAGAGCUGGACCUGAGUGACAACAACCUGCAGGAUUCAAGACUGAAGCUACUGUCUGCUGGACUGGAGAGUCCACACUGUACACUGGAAACUCUCAGACUGAGCGGCUGUAACCUCUCAGAGAGAAGCUGUGAGGCUCUGUCCUCAAUUCUCAGCUCCCAGUCCUCUAGUCUGAGAGAGCUGGAUCUGAGUAACAACAACCUGCAGGAUUCAGGACUGAAGUUACUGUCUGCUGCACUGGAGAGUCUACACUGUACACUGGGUAUUCUCAGGGUGGAGCCUGAUGGAGUCCGAUGGUUUAGACCAGGUCUGAGGAAGUAUUCCUGUGAACUCACACUCGACACAAACACAGUACACAGACAGAUUAAACUGUCUGACAACAACAGGAAGGCAACAUGUGUGAUGGAGGAUCAGUCAUAUCCUGAUCAUCCAAACAGGUUUGACCCUUGGGCUCAGCUGCUGUGUAAGAAUGGUCUGACUGGUCGCUGUUACUGGGAGGUUGAGUGGAGAGGAAGUGUUUUUAUAUCAGUGAGUUACAGAAGAAUAAGAAGAAGAGGAAACAGUGAUGAUUGUGUGUUUGGAGGGAAUAAUCAGUCCUGGAGUCUGUGCUGCUCUGAUUAUGGUUACUCUGUCCGGCACAAUAACAGAAAAAGAUCUAUCCCCUCCUCGUGCCCCUCAGUCUCUAACAGAGUAGCAGUUUAUGUGAACUGUCCUGCUAGCACUCUGUCUUUCUUCAGAGUCUUCUUCGACAGACUGAUCCACCUCCACACCUUCAACACCACAUUCACUGAACCUCUUUAUCCUGGCUUUGGGUUCAGGUCAUAUGGUUCCUCUGUGUCUCUGUGUUCUCUGUAG